CCGUACCAGUCGUCGCUCUUGUCUACUGCCACUCACAAGCAAGCUCGGGGAUCGAUGGAGACGAGAACCAGCGGGAACAUGGAGUUCACCAUGCGAUCAUCGUCAUCAUCAUCAGGCACAAUGUCACUCUCUCUCUCUCGUUCCCUCUGACUGGCGUUGUUCUCGUUGCUCUUGGAUCAAGGGAGAGAAAGACUGGUAUGCGAUUUACUUGCCCAUUCGUAUGGGGAUUGUGCUGUAGAUUGUGCCAGAGCAACAACGAAGACGACGAGGAUCACUCCGACCAGGUUGUCGCCGGGACAACGCACAGCCUCGAUCCCCUCCAGAAGCUUGCCCACAGACAGCUCCUCGAAGCCCUGCUCGAGCAGCCAGAAGAUAAUGCCCACCAGAUGCAGAAACAUUUACUCGAUCGAAUGGAGUGCGUUUGCUUGCGUGCGGUGGCGGUGCUAGCUUGAACCGAGGAGCAGUGAGUGUUCAAGAGUUUGGCAGCGGCCUUAAGCGGCACGGCCAGGACGCCGCGCCAAUGACGGCUUAGGAGCACAAAAAUCGACCCCUGAGAUGUAUCGAACAAGAGAGAGAAGUACUCGUCUUGUUCAGUAGACGCAGUAGGCAGGGGAAGAAAACAUGCAGAGAGCUGCAAAGAAGUGAGGGAGACACCAACAGUGACGAGACAUCCCUACUACUCCUCAUCCUGCUUCCGACUUGGCCUCCGCAAUCCCCCCCCCCGCACUUCCUUUCCAUCCCCUCAAUUCAAUGACCGCCAUCAUGGAUUUGGUGGAAGAUAAGCCCGAGUCCCAUCACUCGAAAACGAACCACAACACGCCCACAAUUCAAAUGACGACGACAACAAAUACUGUGAACAGUGCCAAACUUCUUCCCCUCCACCCUUUCCUGAGCACCAAUGCCAUGGAGGCUGCCCUGGGCAGCUCGCAUCCUCAUCCAGCCUCUUCCCCGUACAUCCCGACGAUCCUUCACGAUGGGAACGGCAACCACGGUAGCAGCCUCAUGAACGGCAACAAAGAGGCCUAUUGUAUUAGGUGGAAAGGCUUUCAGAGUAACAUGACCUUGUGCCUGGAGGCCAUCGAGAGCGACCGUGACUUUGCCGACAUGACCUUGGCUUGUGAACUGGGCUUCUCUCGACAAGCGCAUAAGCUGAUCCUGGCGUCGUGCAGUCCAUACUUCCGUCGGAUCCUCCGGGACACGAUGGGACAGCAUCCCGUGGUGAUCUUGAACGACGUUCAAGGCGAGACCCUGGAUGCCCUCCUUACCUACAUGUAUCGGGGCGAGGUGUCGGUGUCUGAAAAUAAGCUCUCGGCUUUCUUCGCUGCAGCCACAAGUCUGGAAGUGAAAGGUCUGGAGGAUGCCCACCAGGUGUUUGGCGGGAUGGGUGUCCUCUCUGACCCACUUUCAGUGGCCAAGGUCACUGCUGUCGAGACUGUUCCAACCAUCCCAAGUCACCACUUGAGCGACUUGUCACUAUUGGCAGCUGCUGCCACUGGUCUGGCAACAAAACCGUCCACCGCCAACGUGGCCAGUACAUCCUCCUCUUCUUCAUCCUCAACGUCAGAAGUUGGAUCCAUCAGUAAACGCAGGAAGACCGUUCCCCGGCGAUUGGAAUUAAAUUCCGGCUCCAAUUUCAAGAUCCCCAAAGUGGAGGUCCUGACGAACACCCUCAUCCCGACGGUUCUGGGAAACAUGGACACCUUUCCCACCCCACCCAAUGACGAAAACAACCCCAUGAACAACGACAACAUGGCCAUGAAUCUGUCCAUGAAGUCCCCGCCGCCCCCGCCCAUCUCGGAGGCCUCUUCCAAGUUCGUAGCUCGGGCUGAGUUGCUGAACAUCCCGCACCCAAAUAACAGUUUCCGUUGCAAGGCCGAAGAAGACCAAGAGAGCUCAUCCACCGGACCCAAGAUCACCUUGCCCACCUCGCCGCUAGCCUUGGACAUGUCUUCGCAAGGGUUCAUCUCUGACGGGGUUCCGAUCCCUCCCAGUUCCACCAGUCCAGCGGGGAAAUCCUCGGUGUCGGAAACGGGUAGCCCCAUCACGUCAGAAGAAGGAAGUUUACCUCCGCCACAAAUGAUGAUGAACUUCAAGGAGGGCGAGGACUCUCGGCCGUUGCCAGUUUCAGCAUCCACCACCCCGGAACAAAUGGCCGCGCUACUUGGACCUUCCUGGAAAAGCAGACAGCCCCGAUUGUGUCAAUAUUGUCAGAGGAUGUUUUCGAACAAAUUCAACCUAAAACAGCAUAUUCUAAAUAUGCACACUGUGGGUCGGGAGCUCCAUUGCGAGAUUUGUCAGAAGAAAGUCAAGAAUAAGUGGUACUUGAGGCGACAUCACGUCACCCAUCAUGGAGCUCCUCUCAAGAAAUGAUACUAGACGAAGAAUCCUCAAGAGCAAACAAAACAACAGCAACAUCAUCAUUAUCAGCACCAUCAUCACCAUCAUCAUCAAAACCACCCAAUGCCCCGAUCUAGAAAUCCAUGUCUGUCCAAGAACCGUGUAUCUCCUCCUCCACCUCUCCCUUGCUCCCAACGGCAUUAUCAGUGACUGUUAACUUGGUAGUAGUGCAAUAGAUAUUGAGUGGAGUAUGUGCCAAAUCGUGAAAUUCAAUGCAACUCCCAAUGCUUCCUCCUUCGCCCAUUCGUCUCAAGAAAAGUGGAUGGAACGAAACUCCUCUUGGAGCAAGGAAGGAUCCACCCCGAGUCAAAAAUGAGGACGACACAACAAGUUUGAACCGCUCUUCCGGUCUUCGAUGGAAAACAGAAUAAUGAAACAACAAGAACAAAUCAAUCCUACUAAUUGUCAGCGUACUAAAUGCAAGAAGCAGCAAAAAGAAGCAAAUUCAAUCAUAUGUGCCAAGAAAGAAAAAGAACCACCCCUACUCCGCCUCCACCUUCUUCAACACCAUCCUCAUCAGAUCAGAAGCUCGCUCCAUCAAUCCGCUCUCCAGCCAGAUAAUUUCUUCUUUAGAACCAGUAGGCUUUCAACCGCCCCAGAAACACACAGAAACGAUUACAGAAAGAAGGAAAUCAAUGAGCUAGAUGACGAGGAAAAAUCCCACGUUGAUGUCCCAAAAGAAAAGGUGGCCACUGGCAACACACGAACGACAUAUCCGAAAUUCAAACCCAUCCACCAAUAACCGUCAAUGCAAUCAUAAUCCUGAUGAUCCUUAUCCCACUUGAAACCCGGCCCAGCAACCUCCCUUCCAACUUCGCUUCACGAUCAUGAUGAUAGUGUGGAAAGUGGAUCAUACAUCAUAAUGCAACUCUUUUGUUAUGGAAGAAAAGAAGAAUCGUUUGUAGACGGAUAGCCAAUGUGAUAUUUUGCUCAAUAUCAAAAUCAAGUGUUGUAGAGUGGAGAUCCCUUCAUCGGGCAAGUCUCCACGCCUAGUGUAGCCCAACCAGGAGCCUCCAGAAUCUGAAUGUGCUGUCGAUUUUUGUACUUAAGUAAUAGUGAAACAGAACAAGUUAUGUGUACAGUAACGACAACCUCGAUGGGAUCAUGUUUGUAUACUAGCUUACCGUACGACCAUUAUCCAUCAUGAUUCAACAACCAUUCUCCCCUGGCCUGAUGAGGGUCGAUCGUCAGUCAUCAACAAUUUACCCAAAUCUCACCCCGACCUUUUUCCGUUUCCUUUGCAAUUAUUUAUUUAUUUUCCAAAUGAAACGUUCUUGUAACAAAGCAUUCAAUCUUGAAUUGGUCAAACCGGAUCCGAACAAAUUUCACCAAGCAUUCCGCCAAUGUAUUAGCAAGAAUUUUACUUUCCUUUAUUUUCACACACUCAAAAACCACCACCAAUCAAUCAACCAACCUAUUUCCCCAGUAAAACAAACCAAUGGCUUUAAGCCAUUGGAACAAAUUCCACGGCUCCAUUAUUGCUUCCAAGCACCCGGCAACUUUUGUCAAUCAAACCUAAAAUGUUGAUGUGAUGACACGUAACAAUCCUCAAGAAUUGCUCUGACAUACAUACAUACAUUGGAAAAGACUAGAAUUAUAUAUGCUAUACAUAUGAAUACAAUACUAGAUGCGUGUGCGUGUAGAUUGUGCCAUACAUGUCUCUGUCCUUUCUCUACAUGUCUAUCUAUCCAUAUUUCGUACCUGAAUGUUCAUUGGAAUGAUGAUUAACGCCCGAGUUAUA